CACGCAGCUCCGAACUCUCGCCCCUGAAGCCAGCUCUUCGCAUCUUUGGGCUUCAUAGCCACCGAGCCACUGCCCAUCAAGGUGGACUGGAAUAAUUUGAGAUUGAUUUUUGCACUCGUUCCUCUUUCCAUUCUUCAGCCAUCGUCAAUCGAAGAUGCCUGGAGGCAGAAAUCCCAUGGAGGAGGCUUACGAGCGCCUCCGUGGCGUAGCUCGUCAGUCUCAACGACAUGGUGGCGGCAUGCCCGGAGGUCGAGGUGUAGGGAUGGGGAUCUCUGGCCUCGUUCUCCUAGCUGGAUCUGCUUUCUUUGCACAAAAUGCAUUAUUCAACGUCGACGGUGGCCACAGAGCUAUCAAAUAUCGACGACUUAGUGGGGUUGGCAAGGAUAUUUACAGCGAGGGAACUCACCUGAUGCUUCCUUGGCUGGAGACCCCGGUUGUAUACGAUGUCCGCGCAAAGCCCCGAAGUGUGGCAUCCCUGACUGGCACCAAGGAUCUCCAGAUGGUUAACAUCACGUGCCGCGUACUAUCGCGUCCGGAAAUCAGUGCUUUGCCUCAGAUCUACAGAACCCUGGGAACAGACUAUGAUGAAAGGGUCUUACCGUCCAUUGUCAACGAGGUCUUGAAGAGUGUUGUCGCUCAAUUCAAUGCCAGCCAACUCAUCACGCAGAGAGAAAUGGUAGCGAGACUCGUUCGUGAAAACCUCUCCAGGAGAGCCGCUCGCUUCAAUAUCUUCCUGGACGAUGUUUCUCUAACUCACUUAGCCUUCUCGCCCGAGUUCACUGCAGCUGUCGAAGCCAAACAGGUCGCCCAGCAAGAAGCCCAGCGCGCAGCCUUCAUUGUGGACAAAGCUCGGCAAGAGAGACAGGCCAUGGUCGUUAAGGCCCAGGGUGAAGCACGGUCAGCCGAGCUCAUUGGCGAAGCCGUUAAGAAGAACAAAGCAUAUGUUGAGCUAAAAAAGAUUGAGAAUGCUCGGGCAAUUGCCCAGCAGAUGCAGGAAUCGGGGGCGAAAAAUAGGCUACUCCUGGACGCAGAGGGUCUGGGCCUCAACGUGUUUGAGAGCAGUGAAAAGAAGUGAACAAGGGACAUCAUGGUUGUCGACAUAGGCAGUGACGUCUAAUCUCCACUAUAUAAUUCAACGGCACGACCUAUGAACAUGUGUCACCAGGGCCGAGAACUUGGCAAGAUCACUGGUUAGGGUAGUAGUAGUAGUAGUAUGAUUAUUUAACGCCGGGAUAUCUCUAAGAAGAGCAAAGGCUGUUAAAUACAGCGUAACCGUAAAAUAACGUAGAAAACAGUAAUAGGGCAGUUGGUCCAUUGAUUCAAUUGAGGCUUGUAAGUCUGUAGAUCUGUGUGUGCAACUAUAAUUUGUCAGAUACAGCGUAACCGGAACGGUCAAGAUAGGGUCAAAAUUAAAGGGUCAAAAUUAAAGGGUCAAAAUUAAAGGGUCAAAAUCAAAGG